UCAAUUUCAAAAAAAUUAAUAGAGUUCAUUGUGAGGUACCGUAAUAGUUAGCACUUCGUUUUCACACGACUCAGCUCAGGCACAGUUACAUAAUCAGUCAUUGCAUACACUUUUUGCUGUGCGACCAUCUGCACUGGCUGCCUCUGCAGGAAUUCCUGACGCUUCGCUCCAGGUUGUUCUGCAUUUUACAGGCAACUUCCGGCCAUGAACUGCAGAUUGCUCACUGCUGCACCACUAGUCCGUUUUAGUUGUAGAUUAGUAUCUAGAGUAAUCCAAACUCCUUGCAGAACGUGUUCCUCUAGUAGAGAGGAUGACAUAAGGAACUACAUAAAAGAAUCAUACGUCCGAAUUGGAAAAGAUGCUGCGCCCCCUCCUGUAAUACGUGGAGAUGUUGUUUAUGGUACACUGCCCUGUAUGGCAGCAAUUUCUGGUCAAAAGCGACGCGUGCAUCGAGUGUUUGUACCGUCCUCACUACGUUCCAGGGAUGGGAGAAGGGAGCUGACAUAUGCAUUGCAAGACAUCCUGGCUACAGUGAGGAAUGUUCAUCCAACAGCCCUGCAUCCAUUGCCGGAAAAAUAUAUGUAUGAGUGCUUAUCCCAAUGCGGUGUCCACGAAUAUCCAGACCAUGAAGGCAUUGCGUUGGAGCUUGAGCCUCUCCAUGCCCGGCCGCUCAUCAGUAACAGAGAGCUGUUGAGGAUUGCCAACCGGGAUACUAAGACUGGUGCACCGCCCUUGGUCCUAGCAUGUCCAUUUGCCCAAGACAUGACUAAUCUUGGUCAUUUAAUACGGAUUGCUUACUACUAUGGAGUGCACACCGUAUUAGUAUCAAGCAGAUUUCGCCAGGCUCAAGCAAUCAAUGCUAUUGCAUCUUCAAGUAGCCAAGGCGCUGUUGAUCUUGUUGAUAUGGUUGCAGUUAAGGGCAAACUGUCCAUCAGCUUGGAGGAGUGGAAGCGGAAAUUUCGUAUCGUUGGCACGGUUGGAAUGGGUUAUGCAGGGGCAGUUCCUCUGUCAGAAUUCAAGCAUGACGGCCGCCCUGUACUGCUGAUAAUGGGCAGUGAAUCGAAAGGCAUAGCUGAUCCACUAGUCGAUAUCUGCACUGAUCUGGUGACGAUUCCAGCCUGUGAGGUGAGCAAUGAGGCAACCGGCUCUGGGGUUUUAGAGUCUCUCAAUGUGUCAGUUGCAGCAUCCAUUCUUCUUCACCAUAUUACUUCAUCAGCAUGAUAAGAAUUUGGACUGCCCUCCCCUAGACGGAGCAUGUUGAACUUUGUGGUGUUGUCAUAGCAAACUGGUCUAUUUCAAGUAGUGCGUUCAACUUCAUUAUAUUGGCAACAUUGACACCGAGAGUUUUGAGUUUAGUACCAUCUUGACCUGUACGGCCAAUGCUUGAACUUACAGCGUCUUUCCUUGUUUGUUGGUUUUAACUAUUCAUGUACUAAUCGUGUAUCAUUGUAGUGUGGCGCUGCAGUGCAGCACUGCCAACUGCGAUACACUGUGAUGAACUAGAAGAGCAGCUCAGUUUGCUCAUAUCAUGCUUUCGCUGUGCGAGGCAGGCUACGAUA